AUGGGUGGUUUUAGUUCUAAUAACUUCACAUUUCUAGUUCUAAUUGCUACCUUUGUGUGGUUCUCAAGUACUACUGAAACUUGCUAUGCCACAAGGACCAACCAUUGGAGGCAUGCUAGAGAUGCCUUUGAAGAACCGUACGCUGAUCCUCCACACCAAGGUUCGAUGUUUAAUGUGCUCGACUAUGGAGCUAAGGGGGAUGGUACAUCCGAUGAUACAAAGGCAUUUGAAGCUGCUUGGGAAGAUACUUGUAAAGUCGAGGCAUCAAUGAUGAUCGUGCCAUCGGGUUACAAGUUUCUUGUCGGACCCACUUCGUUCUCUGGCUCGCACUGUCGUAAAAACGUUCAUUUUCUGCUUGAUGGUACAAUCUUAGCUCCAACGGACUCCGAAUCAUGGGGUUCGGGUCUCGACCAAUGGCUUGAAUUUACAAAACUCAUAGGAUUCACAAUCAAGGGAAAAGGCACCCUUGACGGAAGGGGUUCGGUUUGGUGGACAAAAUCUAAACUCAAUGAGCAGUCAAGUGGCUCGGUGGAUGCGAACAUGCCGAGUACUAGGCCCAUGGCGUUGAGGUUUGUUGAGGGUGCUAGUGUGACAGUCACAGGCAUAACAAUCCAAAACAGUCCCCAAUUCCACCUUACGUUCGAUAACUGUGACGGAGUAUUAGUACACAGUUGCAACAUCUCGUCUCCGAGCGAUAGUCCCAACACCGACGGCAUUCACUUACACAACUCCAAGAAUGUGAUAAUCCGUGACACAGAUCUUGCUUGUGGAGAUGAUUGUAUAUCUAUACAAACAGGAUGCACAAAUGUAGUUGUACAUAAUGUGAAUUGUGGACCAGGGCAUGGAAUAAGCAUUGGAAGCUUAGGAUUGGAUGGCACAACAUCAUGUGUCUCCAAUAUCACUGUUAGAGACAUCAAUAUGCAUAACACAAUGACUGGUGUUAGGGUCAAGACAUGGCAGGGUGGGGCAGGGUUGGUAAAAGGAGUAUUGUUCUCAAACAUUCGAGUUUCGGAAGUUGAAACUCCGAUCGUGAUCGAUCAGUACUAUUGUGAUCAUGGCAACUGCAAGAACAGCAUAUCCGCUGUUGGUAUAAUGGAUAUUGCGUAUCAGAGUAUACGGGGAACGUAUACGGUACAACCUGUGCACCUGGCAUGCAGUGAUAACAAGGCUUGUAUGGACUUGGUAUUGUCUGAUAUUGAACUCAAACCAAACCCAACAGAUCAACAGAUGUAUAAACCAUUCUGUUGGCAGGCUUUUGGAAAGAUGAAUGCUCCCAUCAUGCCUGAAAUUGAUUGUUUACAAGAAGGCCAACCAUCAAGCAGUUGGGAUGCCAAUGAUGGUACAUGUGCAGCAGCAUGA